AUAGCACAUUUCAAAUUCACGCCUGGAGCGCCCUCUAAAUGCAAUGUGAAGUUGCAGCUGUUUUUUGAAGUUUACAUGUUGGUAGUUUCGUACCUAAUUUCUCUUUGUAAACUAAGUGGCGUUCGCUGCGCUUGCACUGCACGUGGUCACAUUCAGUUUUGGGGAUUCGGUGUUAAGAUUUGAGAGAAGAUUUCAAUAACACAAGAAAUUUAAGAUGGGCAGACCCGGAUUUUCACCUGGAGGACGCGGAGGCAGUGGUGGCCGUGGAGGUUUCGGUGGACGCGGAGGUGGUGGUGGCCGUGGCGGCGGUGGUAGAGGAGGCGGCGGAUUUGGCGAUAGAGGAGGUGGACGCGGAGGCGGCCGUGGUGGCUUUGGAGGUAGAGGAGGCGGCGGCGGUCGCGGAGGAUUCGGUGGUAGAGGAGGAGGCGGCGGCGGUGGACGCGGAGGAUUUGGAGGAAGAGGUGGCGGCGGCGGACGCGGUGGAAUGAGGGGAGGCAAGAAUGUUGUGAUUGAACCACAUAGGCACGAGGGCGUGUUCAUCGCUAGGGGAAAGGAAGACGCGCUAGUCACUCUUAACUUGGUACCUGGAUCAGACGUUUACGGCGAGAAGAAGAUUUCCGUUGAGGAGGGAACCGAGAAAAUUGAGUACAGGGUCUGGAAUCCGUUCAGAAGUAAAUUGGCAGCCGCCAUCCUUGGCGGUGUCGACAAAGUUCACAUGCCACCAGGCAGCAGGGUGCUGUACUUGGGUGCCGCGUCAGGAACGACCGUGUCGCACGUCUCCGACAUCGUUGGACCCGAAGGAUUGGUGUAUGCGGUGGAAUUCUCUCACAGGUCCGGAAGGGAUUUGAUCAAUGUUGCGAAGAAACGCACCAACAUUAUUCCAAUCAUCGAAGAUGCCAGACAUCCACACAAGUACAGGAUGUUGAUCGGCAUGGUUGACACAGUAUUCGCCGAUGUGGCUCAGCCCGAUCAGGCGCGUAUCGUUGCCCUGAACUCACAGUACUUCCUCAAAAAUGGUGGCCACUUCGUCAUCUCCAUUAAGGCCUCCUGCAUAGACUCGACAGCCUCACCUGAGGCAGUCUUCGCAGCCGAAGUGAAGAAAUUGCAGGCCGACAAACUGAAACCUCAAGAGCAGAUCACGCUAGAACCGUACGAGAGAGACCACGCGGUCGUCGUCGGUGUCUUCAGACCACCAGCCAAGGCCUAACAAAGUAUAUAUAUAGUUAUAGUUUUAAGUAUAUAUAAAUAUUAUAUAUAUAACAGUUGAGAAAAGAAUAUUUUUUUUAAGCACAGAUGCAAAGAGAAAGAAUCAAGCGAUUUGCACAGAUGCAAAUCAGUAAUAAUUUUGUCAAUUUGAUUAUUAAUUUUAAUCAAUCUACUUUUUAUUUAGCACGUACAAAGGUUUUUUUUGUAAGAAAUUGUUGAUAAUUAAAUACUAAAUAAAAGGAAAACAUUGAUAUUUCUAUA